CCAGCUGGACAGAGAGAGAGGACUGGAAGAAAGAAGAUGGGCCCCCUCCCUUGGUUCGCCCUGGUCUUCUUUGGCUUCCUCAUCGCUGGUCCAUGCCCAAGAGGUGUGCAAGCAAUGUCCUGCCCUGGAGGAUGGAUGUUCUACGGAGGCAGCUGCUAUGGACUUUUCCAAGACAAAAUGAGCUGGGCUGAAGCAGAGAUUGACUGCCAGAGCCAAGGCACCAACGGGCACCUCGCUUCCAUUUCUACCAAAGCUGAAGGAGCUGUGUUGGCCAGACACAUCAAGGCCUCUCAGCAAGACUGCCAGAACGUCUGGAUCGGACUGCAUGACCCCCAGAGGAACCGACACUGGAGAUGGUCUGAUUGGUCUAUAGUCAGCUACAGGCCUUGGGUUCCUGGUGGACCUGACAAUGCUGGAAAUAAGGAAUACUGUGUAGAACUUUCCUGUGACAAAGAUUAUCUUGCGUGGAAUGAUGUGAAUUGCAAAAGCGAGAACUGGUACGUCUGCGAGUUUGUACUUUAG